AUGGCUGCUUAUGACAACGGCGAGUUCAUUAUGGGUAGCAUGGGUAAGAAGAAACAUCUUAAACCAAGGGACUUACUGGAGCUGCAGAUUUCUAUCGAAUAUAUCGUGGAACCUAAAGAAGCUUUUCAAGAUGAGAGACACAGCAAGACUCUGCAACUGUCGAGCUUAGCAUCAGUCAGCGAUGCAAUCAUCGGGAGUGCAUGCAUGGCGUUUACCGGGUGCCCGAACAGAGAAGAUCGAAGAACUGCAUAUAGCGUUGCUGUCCAUCCAGCCACCCAAGACGACGGCAAAGAUACCGCUCUAUGGAAGCACAAGACCCGGGAGUAUAGACCUUGUUUCCAAACUUCAUCUACCUGGGCACAGAUUCGACAAUCACAGGAAAGUGUACAAUGGAGCAGAUUGGUAUGGUUUAUGGAAGGAAGUCCGAGAUACUCCUUCGUCCAAUGGCAAGCAAUCCAGGCUAUGUUACCAACGAAGGAUCGAUUGGGAAAUGCUGGCCCAACCAUCUUGAGGGUGACCAGGCCGGGAAACAACCCGGAACAUGGAAGAGUGGUGAUUGCGAAGCUGAUCUCCCAAGCGGCUACAUACAAGUUAUGGCGCGAAAGGAACAACAGGAUCUUCCGAGGGGAAACACGUACGAUCGGCGAAGUCCGCUCGAAGAUAGACCGCAUAAUCCGUACGAGGCUCUUAUCCGUCAAACUGACCGGUGGUAAUCCAGCAAGGAAUCUUCUACUUGAGCAUUGGUACAGGCUAACAUUGUUCUGA